CAGAAUCCAACAGCCGGAAAUCUCCAAUAUACUUUCCGAUUCCACCCGCCAUGGCGCCAGAAACGAAAAUUUGAAAAUUCUGAAAAAUUCGUCCACACACUCACCAUAUAAAAACCACCAUCCAUCUUCUUCCUUUCCAUCCAUUAUUCUAUCUAAACCCAGCAUCUCAUUUCGCCGCCCCAAACCCUAACCAAAGCAAGGAAAUGGCGAGAACCAAGCAGACGGCCAGGAAAUCAACCGGCGGCAAGGCUCCGAGAAAGCAAUUGGCCACCAAGGCGGCCAGGAAAUCCGCUCCCGCCACCGGCGGUGUGAAGAAGCCUCAUCGGUUCCGCCCCGGAACUGUUGCUCUCAGGGAGAUCCGCAAGUACCAGAAGAGCACGGAGCUGUUGAUCCGCAAGCUUCCGUUCCAGAGGCUGGUGAGGGAGAUCGCCCAGGAUUUCAAGACAGAUCUGCGGUUCCAGAGCAGCGCCGUUUCGGCUUUGCAGGAGGCUGCGGAGGCGUACCUGGUUGGACUCUUCGAAGACACUAAUUUGUGCGCAAUUCACGCUAAGAGAGUUACAAUCAUGCCCAAGGAUAUGCAGCUUGCAAGGAGAAUCAGAGGGGAGAGGGCUUAAUCUGGUCUUUGUAUGGGAAUGGCUGAUUCCGUUUUUUAAUUAUAAUCUCCAGUUGAUCAUCUGUUGUUAGAAUGUUGGUUGUUUUUAGUACCUGAGCUGUGGCAUCGGUUUGGACUUGGAAAUCGUCAAUGGAAAUUCUGAAAUAUUGUUAAAAUCCAUUUGAUUUUGCUCUGAUUUGAGUAUUAUUUUUCCAAGGAUCAAAGUUCAAACCUUUUUUCAUAAAUGAAUUGUACUAUAUUUGAAGAGGUAAACGUUAGUGAAAUUAAGAUAAACAUAAUAGUUAUAUACUCCGUAUGUAAAAGGUUCAUCACGUUAGCACAGCCCAAAAACUUCCAGGAUGAUAAUGAAUAGUAGGUCUUUAAUAAGACCACUUAAUGUGCA